CUAUAAAAUAAAAACAAAACAAAAAAACGACGCGCGCAACUUUCUUGUUCUUCUUUGAAAAAUAUAAUGACUUUGUUACAGCAAAAAACAGCACUCAUUACCGGUGCUACACGGGGCAUUGGUUUCGCCAUUGCAAACGCGUUUGCCAAACAUGGCGCCAACACAUUACUCAUCGGCAGAGAUGCGCAACGUGUUGACAUUGCAGAACGUGUUUUUCGCGAAAAGUUUCAAGACACAAAGCAUCAGGGCGUGGUCCUCGACGUGGGGAAUAAGGACAACAUUAAUGAUACGUUGAAGAAACUCGUGAAAGAAAACAAGAUUGAUAUCCUUGUCAAUGCAGCAGGUGUAUCGCGUGACGGCCUGCUGGUGAAAAUGAAAGAUGAGGACCUGAACGAAACAAUGGCAGUCAAUCUGUUGGGUGCCAUGCGUAUAUCUCAGAUUAUAUCCAGAUCCAUGAUUCAAAAACGUCAAGGCGGGUGCAUUAUUAAUGUAUCUAGCAUCGUAGGAGUGUAUGGAAACGUUGGACAAACUGUAUACAGUGCAUCCAAAGCGGGUCUGAUCGGAUUCACCAAGUCAUUAGCAAAGGAAGUGGGUCCUGCGCAGAUAAGAGUCAAUGCCAUCGCCCCGGGGUAUAUAGAAACGGACAUGACAGCAGAUAUUUUGAAAUCAGAGGCAUCAAAAGCCAAGUUAAUCGAAGCAAUACCAUUACGCAGACUAGGUCAUGUAGAUGAUGUAGCAGAAGCUGCCCUGUUUCUUGCUUGUUCUCAAUACAUGCAUGGCUCGGUGCUGAACCUGGAUGGCGGAUUGACACUGUAGUGUACCACUCUGUCAAUAUCUCACACUAUCCACGCACAAAUAAACAAUCAAGUGCUAGCU